AUGGCUGCCCUCAGACCCCUGGUGAAGCCAAAGAUCAUCAAAAAGAGGACCAAGAAAUUCAUCCGCCACCAGUCAGACCGUUAUGUCAAAAUUAAGCGUAAUUGGCGCAAGCCCAGAGGCAUCGACAACAGGUAUGAUCAAGUCUCUCAUCUUAAAUUUAAGGGCCCGAUCUUGACGCCCAACACUGGUUAUGGGAGCAACAAGAAGACAAAGCACAUGCUGCCCAGUGGCUUCUGCACAUUCCUAGUCCACAGUGUCAAGGAGCUGGAGGUGCUGCUGAUGUGCAACAAAUCUUCCUGUGCUGAGAUCGCGCACGAUGUUUCCUCCAAGAACCACAAAGCCAUUGUGCAAAGAGCAGCCCGGCUGGGCGUUAGCGUCAUCAAUCCCAAUGACAGACUGCGCAGUGAAGAAAAUGACCAGAAAGAAGAUUAA